AUGGGCAUCAGAGCGGCAAUUAAGGAAGACAUCAAAGCAACCCCAGCAGAAAUGGUGUACGGAGAACCAAUCCACUUACCUGGAGAAUUCUUCGGCACAACCAAAAACGAAACAAACGAGACGGACUUCAUCGGCCGUUUACGCAACCUCAUGAGUCGUCUAACACCCAAACUAAAGCGGCAUGGCAAGAAAGACGUGUUCAUACACCAAGAUCUGGAAAAGACACCCUACGUUUUUGUCAGACAAGACGCGCCAACAGGCGCACUCCACCCCCGCUAUAAUGGACCAUACGAAGUCAUCAAGCGGACAGAGCGAUUUUUUACCAUUCAGACGGGAGGCAAACCUACGAACGUCUCAGUAGAACGUCUCAAACCGGCGUACACCUUCAUAGAAAACGAAACGCCCUCAGCUACGGAGAACGGACAGAGGACCAAACAGGCAACUGAGCCCACACCAACAGCAAUUACACGAAAUAGCAGAACUCGAAAACCAGUCGUCCGUUUCCAGGCGGGAGUUUAA